AUGGAGCUCCGAGAAAAUAUCAACGACACUGAUUUCGACGAAUUCAAUAGUAUCAUCACUGGAUGCAUAUCUCUUAUCUUCAAUAUAACUCUUAUAAUUGCCACGUCACGAGUUAAGAUCUACUCGGAUCAUGUGAAACGCAUGCAGAUAUUCACUUCAGUCAUCCGAUUACUCUUCUCUAUGUUGAUAGUAUUUUGUUCACCGACACUUGCUUACAUGACUGAAGCAGAGGCUGUCUAUAUUGUGAAAGGUGGAUUCAAGUUGCCCAUCGUGAUUGGUGAAGCCAUACUGAUAGCUUUCGUCACAUUUGUCAUCUUCUCCUGUAUGGGACCUCCAAUGCAGUUUCUACAGGUUGUGGUUAUAUUGAAAAAAAGCUCCCGAUCACAGAAACAGAUCGUUGUCAUCACCACAGUAAUCACUUUUUCUGUCUCCCUAACAGCAACUCUUCUCAUUUUCUUGGGAUAUGUACCUAAUGAAUCUGAUGACAAACUAUCAGAACAGAUAGUUUAUUAUUUGAAUGGGCGUGGAACUGCAGCAUAUCUGAUCGCUUCUUGGGAACGAUUUGAUUAUGAUUUGAACGACUUCGUUCCGGAUCCAAUUUCAUGGGUCUGCACUUUUUAUAUUCUUGCGGUUCUGGUGGUCACUACUAUCAUUUCAUUAGUUUGUUGGAUUAUCAUCAAAUUGGAAAUUCGUCGGGGAUUGGGAAGUGCCAACUCGAUAAAGUCUACCCAACAAUUGAGUACUGUAUUGAUUGUUCAGUUCACACUUCCCUUCCUAACCAUCCACAUCCCAUUCUACUUCUCCUUCAUAAUGCCUCUUAUCCGCUACGAGACCUCAGAACUCUCAAUUUAUCUACCUUAUCUGUUCUCCUGGUGUCCUGCUCUCAGCCCAAUUCUUGUGCUGUUAAUGGUGAAGAGCAUUCGGGAAAAAGCGUUUUUUAAUAUAAGAACAAGAUCAAACAAUAGCAACUCAAACAUUUUCAAAAUAAUUCGGUUUGGAUCAAAUCUAGUAUUCAAUUUGGUAGAUACCACCCCGCGAGACUCCCCCGAAAGAUCAAUAAGAUUCUUACUCCGUCCAUCGACAUAUCCAUCAACUAUGUAA